AUGACAGGAAAGUUCUCAACCAUCGACCCUCGAAAGUGUGAUUACUAUGCGGGAUUCAUGAAGCACCUCACGCUGCCGCAAGCAAAUGCAAUCUUUUGGUGUCUGUUCAUUCUCGUGCUUGGUAUGAUGUUUAUAUCUUCAUGGCAACAUCACCGAUCCAACUCCCUCCUCGACCUCGAAAAAGGAAUGGAUCCCAAACAAGUCAACUCCGAAGAACACAAAGAACACGUCUUCCGCCAGCGCCGAGGAUAUUUCUGUAUCGUCUUCCUUUGCUUCGUUCUCUCCUUCGUCUGUAUCGUCUUCGAAUGCUUCGCCCUCUUCAACAUCGAAUUCUGCGAUGGUGAGGAUCUCACUCAGAUGUACUGGGGAUUCUGGUCCAUCCUUCAAGUCGGAAGUCUCAUCGCCAUCGGAGGUGUCCUCUUACAAUUCUGGAUCAUCCUCAGCGGUGUCGGUACUCCUCCCUGGGCCGUUGCUCUAGGCACUCCUGUUCUGGUCUUCGCUGCUCUCGGAUGGAUGUUCAAGCAUAUCUCCGACGCUUUCUGGGCACGCUUCCGCAAUCGAUACUGUAAUCGUGAAGAAAACCGUACCAACAACCAUGACGAAGAGAAAGCCGAAGAAGAAUACGUCAACAAAUGGAUGAGCAGAGCUCCAACCCUCGUCCCCACCUCCAGCGAAGAACUCGUCGAAUCUCCACCACGCCCCAAGCGCACAGUUACCAUGUAA